AUGAUCGUCACUCAAAAAACAGUAAAUAUGAACAGAGAACCAAAAUUCAAGAAGGCUGUGGCCAAACCAUCAAGAGAUAGACAAACCUCUGUUACCAGAGCCAUUAGGCCAGUCAUGGCACGUGAUGUGCACAGAUUAUCGACGUCAUCGUCAUCCACCUCCUCCUCUUCAGCAUCAGGGCAAAGGAGGCUUUCGAGGGAAGAGAUAAUAAACGAGAUGGAAAAAGAACAAGACGCUAUAGUGGUUAGACUGCUUCGGGAAAUUGAGGCUUUAAAAGAGGAAAAUUCUAGAUUGAAAAAUCAACUACACCACCCAUUGCCAGCAAGAAGAUCAUCGCCCUCUUUGGAGAGCGAAUCGGCUGUUUUCGACGAUGAUGACUGCAGUUACGGCUACACGUUCGACACUCCAACCCUCAAGUUUUCAGAGGUUGCCUCCAAACGCACCGUGCUUCCUCUAACUCCCAAGGAUUCCAUGACACACAUUGCCCACCGCCCUGGAAGAUCAAGCCGGAAUGCUUCUAUGUCCAGCAUGACAAACAUCUCAGACACAAUCUUCCCCAUAGAGACUAAAACCAAUCCAACGCCCAUAUCCAAGAGGAACCUUUCUGCCGAUCUCUCUCACCAUACCCACCUCCCACGCUCACUUAGUGGCGGCCUUUCUCCCAGCGACUGGACUGAAACGGGCACUUUGCUUCAUGAUAGAAGAAGGCGUUCUUCCAAUUACAGUAUCGAUGGCUCGAACUCUUUGAAGGCUGAUCUCAUGGCGAAAAGGUUUCAAACAGGGUCGUUGAAAUAA